AUGAAGCGCCUGGUGCAAAAGCUUGCUCGAGACUCACAUAAAGAGUUCACCAAAGUGGAGAUGAAAUCAAGAUUCUCCGAGAUAAGCUUCAACGCUCUCAUGAAAAUGAUUUUGGGGAAAAGGUAUUGGACAGACGACAAUGAGGUUGGGGAUGUGGAAGAGGGAAGAAAAUUUCAAGGGAUUAUGCAUGAGUUUGUGCCAAUAGCAGGGGCAAAUAACGCUGCAGACUACUUGCCCAUAUUGAGGUGGUUUGAUUAUGAUCACUUGGAAAGCAGGCUCAAGAGUAUGGCCAAGGGAAUAGACGGGUCCCUGCAAGGGCUCAUUGAUGAGCAUCGAAAUGCAAAGCACAAAGCAAACUCUAUGAUCGAUCAUCUUCUGAGUCUCCAAGAAUCACACAACCUGAGUACCAUAGAGAUCAGAUUAUUGAGGGCCUCAUAUGGGUAA